AUGCCGGUUCGCAAAUAUCGAAGGUGCUCGAAGCUGAAGCCAUCUACAGGGCAUGAUACUGGAAGAACCCAGAAGGCAACACUACUAGCCAUGGGUUCGAAACCCUGGAGUAUUUGCGAUGCAGGCCCUCCUUGGGAAGCGUUCAAAGUAACGCCGUCGAGCCGGCCUCCGAGGAGUCAAAGAUUGGUGAUGCGCUUGCAGGGCCGCAAACGGCACUGUAUGGUCCUGGGACUUCGAGUUCGACCAUGUGUUCAGGCCUGCGGCUUCGCAAGGAGAGGUCUUUGA